CAGAAGAAUAUCACUAAAGCAAAUUUGUCACGGAACAGACUGUCAGAGCUUCCAGCAGAAGCAUGUCACUUUGUUUCUCUCGAGAGUCUUAAUUUGUACCAGAACUGCAUUCGCUACAUCCCAGAGGCUGUUCUGAACUUACAGUCUUUAACAUAUCUAAAUAUCAGUCGAAACCAGCUUUCAAUGUUGCCAGUACACCUCUGUAGUCUGCCACUAAAGGUUUUGAUAGCGAGUAAUAACAAAUUGGUUUCAAUACCUGAAGAAAUCGGACAGCUCAGGCAGCUGACAGAGCUUGAUGUGAGCUGUAAUGAAAUACAGACAAUACCUCCACAAAUUGGCAAUUUGGAAUCCUUGCGGGACCUAAAUGUCAGAAGAAAUAAUUUGGUGCGUUUACCUGAAGAGCUUGCUGAGUUGCCUUUGAUUCGAUUAGAUUUCUCCUGCAAUAGAAUAACAACAAUACCAGUUUGUUAUCGGAACCUCAGGCAUCUGCAGACCAUCAUGUUAGAGAACAACCCUCUCCAGUCACCCCCUGCGCAGAUAUGUAUAAAAGGCAAAAAUCACAUCUUUAAAUACCUGAACAUAGAAGCAUGCAAGAUAGCUCCAGACUUGCCUGAUUAUGACAGAAGACCCAUGGGAUUUGGAUCUUGCCAUGAGGAACUCUAUUCCGGCCGGCCAUAUGGAGCACUUGAUUCCGGCUUCAAUAGCGUGGACAGUGGAGACAAAAGAUGGUCAGGGAACGAACCAACAGAUGAGUUCUCAGAUCUCCCUUUACGUGUGGCAGAGCUCACUAAAGAACAGAGGCUGCGAAGAGAAAGUCAGUAUCAAGAAAACCGAGGGAGCACAGUCGUAACUAAUGGUGGAGUGGAACACGAUCUCGAUCAGAUCGACUACAUCGAUAGCUGUGCCACAGAAGAGGAGGAGGAAGAGUUGAGGCAACCCAAGUGCGUGGACCCAGACAGCCUCAGCUCACAGUUCAUGGCCUAUAUUGACCAGCGACGGAUCUCUAACGAGGGCUCACCAGCGAAGCCUGGAUCCAUCAGAGAGUUUCAGAGAACAGAGGAUACAAGGCGAUAUUUACACCAAAACAGACCCCCGGCUGAUUCACCUCACUUAGUCUCUCUGUCAAGUCACCACAGUCAGGUGCCUAAUGCAGAUCCCGAGCUGCACCGCAGGCACAUAGAGCGUACCCGUCGGGAGGCCCAGCUAGCAGCGCUUCAGUAUGAGGAGGAGAGGAUGAGAACCAAACAGAUCCAGAGAGAAGCUGUCCUUGACUUUGUUAAGCAAAAAGCAUCCUUAAGUCCUCAGAAGCAAAGUCCUCUGGAUAGUGAGUGUCCCUUUCCAUCCCGAAGGUCUCAGCAUACUGAUGAUAGUGCCUUGUUAGUGUCACUCUCGGGGUUGACUCAGGAACGCUGCGCUACCACCCUGCCUAGUGCCUCUGCCUUCUCUCCCGUCAAGAGUGAUGACAGAUCUACCAUCUCCCCAGGCUCACCUACCACUCAGACAGUCCACCUUUCCCCUCCAUAUCCUGGCUAUGCAGCCCCGCCUUCCUAUAGAAACCCUUCCCAGCGACCUGAGAGUUUCCUUUUCCGAGCAGCUGUCAGGGAUGAAGCAAACAAAGCCGUUGCUUCGUCUUCCACCCGUGCCUUGUCCCCUGCUAAUGAGUCUGCAGACCCUCGCGUCCGACAACACUCCAGACAGCGAGAGGAGGAGCUGGAGCUAAUAGAGCAGCUACGUAAGAACAUAGAAUCACGGUUGAAGGUGUCGUUGCCCAGCGACCUUGGAGCAGCUCUCACCGAUGGUGUCGUUCUGUGCCACUUGGCUAAUCACGUGCGUCCCCGCUCUGUUCCCAGCAUCCAUGUCCCCUCACCUGCUGUUCCUAAACUUACGAUGGCCAAAUGCAGACGCAACGUGGAGAAUUUCUUGGAAGCUUGCAGAAGGAUUGGGGUGCCUCAGGAGCAAUUAUGUUUGCCUCUGCAUAUUUUAGAAGAGAAGGGUUUGACACAGGUAGCUGUGACUGUCCGGGCGCUCCUGGAGCUGGCGCCCCCAAAGCAGCAGCAACUUCACCACUUGUCUGCUGUGUAA